ACAAGAUCACUAUACUCCACGAGACUGGUUUAUUGCAGCCCCCGUCUUAUCUUCUUGACUCCUCCCAGCUUUUAAUACAAUUUUGUUUCUUCAAUCCCGAAAGAACAUUUACUAAUCUUUUUUUUUGGGUUUAAGCUUUAAUUUUUUUUCGAUUUUUUCUCAUCAUUUGUUGGUAUUCUUGUUGAACGGUGAUGGCUCUGAAAUUUCCGUCUCCCACAGAAAUCGGGGGCAUUUCUUUCUUGGACUCCAGUAAAGCCGACCUUUUCAAGCUUAAAGGGGGAUUUACUUUGAAGAGGAAGGAGAAUAGAGUAACAUUUGGAAGAAAAGCCCAUUGUUCAGCACAGGCACCACCUCCUCCAGCUUGGCCGGGACGGGCUGUUCCAGAGCCAGGACGUAAGAGUUGGGAUGGUCCGAAACCCAUCUCUAUCAUUGGAUCCACAGGUUCCAUUGGAACUCAGACUCUGGAUAUUGUUGCAGAAAACCCAGACAAGUUCAGAGUUGUGGCAUUGGCAGCUGGUUCCAAUGUGACUCUUCUUGCUGAUCAGGUGAAAAGAUUCAAACCUAAGUUGGUUUCUGUUAGAAAUGAAUCAUUGCUUGAUGAACUCAAAGAAGCCUUGUCCGAUGCUGAGCAUAAACCUGAAAUAAUUCCUGGAGAACAAGGUCUCAUAGAGGUUGCUCGCCAUCCAGAUGCUGUCACAGUAGUAACCGGAAUAGUAGGUUGUGCAGGGCUGAAGCCUACAGUAGCUGCAAUAGAAGCAGGAAAAGAUAUUGCACUGGCAAAUAAAGAGACCCUGAUUGCUGGGGGCCCUUUUGUUCUCCCUUUAGCACACAAGCAUAAUGUAAAAAUACUUCCUGCUGAUUCAGAACAUUCUGCCAUAUUUCAGUGUAUCCAGGGUUUGCCAGAGGGCGCACUGAGGCGUAUCCUUUUGACAGCAUCAGGAGGGGCUUUCAGGGAUUGGCCUGUUGAAAAACUGAAAGACGUGAAAGUUGCUGAUGCUUUGAAGCACCCAAACUGGAAUAUGGGCAAGAAGAUAACAGUGGACUCUGCUACCCUUUUCAAUAAGGGUCUAGAAGUUAUUGAAGCCCACUAUCUAUUUGGGGCUGAAUAUGACAAUAUUGAAAUAGUGAUUCAUCCACAAUCUAUCAUACACUCAAUGGUUGAAACACAGGAUUCAUCUGUCUUGGCUCAGUUGGGUUGGCCCGAUAUGCGCUUGCCAAUUAUUUACACACUAUCAUGGCCAGACAGAAUUUACUGUUCUGAGAUAACUUGGCCUCGUCUUGAUCUUUGCAAGCUGGGUUCUCUGACAUUUAAAGCUCCUGAUACUGUAAAAUACCCAUCCAUGGAUCUUGCAUAUGCUGCUGGACGGGCUGGGGGCACAAUGACUGGAGUUCUUAGUGCAGCUAAUGAGAAAGCCGUUGAGUUGUUCAUUGAUGAAAAAAUCAACUACCUCGAUAUUUUCAAGGUUGUGGAACUUACAUGUGAGAAGCACCAGGCAGAAUUAGUGGCCAACCCGUCACUUGAGGAGAUAAUACAUUAUGAUUUGUGGGCUCGUGAAUUUUCUGCUAGUUUACAAACAUCAUCCGGAUUAAGUCCAGUCCUCGCAUGAUUCACAGCAAGCCUAGCUGGCUAAGAUGAUGUUUUGAAGGUGGAACCGGUAUAGACCAGGUGGCGACGGGGCAUCAAGCCACUGUAUUAUACUGAUUACAAGGAAUAAUUAAGUUUUGAUUCAUCUUCAUUUUCUUCUUCUAGAGAAGAGAAAUGUAUUUACUGGAUCAUGUAUAUGAGCAGAAGAUUCAAUUGAUGGCAAUGAAAAGAGAAAAUGAAGAAAUAUCGUGCAAUUAUGUUAGAUCUA